AUGACGCCGGGAGGAUCAAAGUUCUUCACAUGGACAAAGGGUGAUCGCAAGCAUGUCUCCUCGGGGAUGGUCCAGAUACCCGUAGAGUGCAUCGAGAUCAAAGGCAUGGGCUAUGGGCGCAACAUUCGGGGCUCGCGCAAAAGAGGCCGCAAACCACUACCCCUCAGCUUCUGCGAUACAAAGUCAGACUACAGCGCACAGUCGCAUGACUCUUUCACGUUGCAUGAGGCCGCUGUCCAAUCCGCUACGAGCCUCAUCGCAGCUAUGUCGGAAAUGCUAAAGUCACCCCACUUCAACGGCGGCCCAAGAUCAUGCGAAUUGCGUCCACCACAGGGCCGACUGCGCUCUCACACCGCCCCACCAACUCCAGCAACGCCGCUGGUGGAAGCACCAUGUCCCGAGCCCGUCGAGCUCCCUGCCACUGACUCUAUCUGGCCCUCCCGUGGACGCGGCGCAUCGAUAAUGGCGGAGACUUCUCUUGCGACCAAUGAGCGGCACAGGACGCAAGCUGGACGACCACAGAGCUCAUCACCACAAGGAUCAACGGAGCCGCCCGGAUAUGAGAACACGCAGAAUUCUGACAAUGAUCAAGGGUCGAACGUGCUACGUCCUUCCCUUGACUCAACGCUAUGCGGCAAAAGCGAUGAAUGCUUUGGGACACCAAACAGAAGUCAGGAAUCAUUGGAAUACUCGGACACGUCUGUCAAAAUCGGCACACCAAAUUGGAAAUUGCCACGAACGCCGCGUCGAGACGACAAGAAAGAGUCGCCAACAGGCUCAGCAGAGCGAAUUCCAGGCUUGCAAUCCCAAUGUGAUGCGUAUCUCGUUCCAGAAAGUCCCGGUCAAUCCAUACGCGACAUUUCCAAGGUCUCAGGAAUGUUGACACAAGUGGCAAAUAUGCGGUCUGCACACGAGGCUCAUAUCGCGACUCUGAAGGCUGCGCAUGAUCAAGAAAUCACCUCGUUUCGUGCAUACGUUGUGCUCCUUGAGCAGCAACACAGCUUAAUUCGGCUCUCUGACCCUCGACAAUCACUCUCGAUUGACACUGCACGCCAUUGUGGGAGGGCCAUAAGCGGCUCGACUGCCAGUCGUACGGGUUCCUUGCAGUCAUUAGACAGCCUGUCAAUGGAUCUAGCGGGAACCUCUCCGGAACCCGUUGCAGAGGCUGAGGCACUGAAGCGAAAACUGGAUCUGGCAAACAAGACUAAUGCCGAUCUGGGCGAGCUGCGACGUGAACGGGAUCGGCUGAAGGACUCAGACUGCCAGAAAGAGCGACGAAUCACGCAAUUGAAAGAUAUCAUUCGCAAGACCAAAGAAAACGAGCAGGCCCAAAGGACCGCCGUGAUGAGCCUUCAGGCAGAUCUGGCCGCUGCAAACAUGCAGCGAGUCGACGUGCUGACAGGACUGGAUGACGCUUACAAGGAUCUCCGUUUAUCAUACCAGCGGGAAGCACGACUGCGGGAACGUUGCGAAGAGCUGCAGAGCCAUCUAAGGGCGACUGGAUGCGUGACGUCUGCUUUGCCCAUCCAACCAAUGCAGCAAUCAGCGGAAGAGCUCGUUCGCUGUCGUGAACUCAAAGCCGACACGACUAAGCGUAAUUCUGCUGUCCCACAGGUAUGCACGAGCGAACUUGAACAGCAAAUUUCGACUACGCAGCUCGACGGCGACUUCAUAUGUGGACGUGAAGCGUGCCAGCAGACUCACGACCGGCUCGAGAUCGCAAUGACAGAUGUACAGAAUCUGCAAGCACGGCUUCUUACUUGUCAGGAGCACCUCAAGGCGGCACAAGCUGAUCGCGAGCGCUACAAUUCUCUUCUCCACAUAGAGUUGAGGCGUCAGUCGAAGAUCGCCGGCCCGAAAGAACAGGUGGCGACGCCCGAACUCCAACGAGAGAUAUCGAAGUCGCUUGCGACCAGGCUGCAAGGAACUUCCGCGUCGCCGAGCUCCACGGAGCUGCAGUCCACUCUUAAUCUUUCUGCAAAGGACCAGGCUUGGGAGCAAGAGCUGCGGCAUUGUGUGGAGGAGAUCAUUAUGUACAAGCUUGACGUUAGCGGCUACAAGAAGGAUCUAAAGCUUGCGACUGCGAAGAUUGAAUCGCUGGAGGCAGAACUUCGCGCCACAACUGCGGAAGCUCGCUCUCACGAAAAGACUCGAGAUAAUCGAGCCGAUAUGCCGCUCAAAGACGAUUCGCGGUUUCCAAUAGAACAGCAGCCAGGUCUCGGCAUAGCAUGGACGCAGCAACGAUCGGCAUCGACACCCAGCGCUCUGAGCAACUCGCAUGCUGAGAGUCCGCCCCAGCCCUCGGAGCCUCAGCCUGAACGUGAAUCGGGCUUGACAUGCAUCUCUCCGCGUCGGCAGACUACUACGCCGCUCAGCAUACAUAAACAACUACCGUUGCCUCCUCCACUCGAACGCAAGGGCCCAACUAAACAAUCCUCACCCCCUUCGACUUCGACACCCCAAAACCACGUUCAAAUCCAACGUGCCGAAACCUUGAGAUCUCUCUCUGACUCUAUCAUCAGUAGCUAUACGAAACGCGACGAGUUCCCAUUGCCAGUCGGGGUGCAGAGAAGUAGCAAAACCACAUCGACUCCCCGGCCUCCACGGACCUCGAGAGGAAGUGGUGGGCGUCCCCUUCCCAGUGGAAUAGACAGUAGGGAGAGAUUAUCGAGAGGCAAUAGUGCAGUCUUGAUGCCAAUUUCAAGAUUCUCGUCGGGUAUGCUGAAGGCUCCGAGUGCGGUUGAAAUCACUGCUGGUAGAGGUUGA